GACGUCAUUUAUACUGUCCUCCGACCUCUGUACUGUGUACACUGCUAAAGGGUUUAGGGCUUUAGGCAUAAACCUCAGCUUCCUCCGUUGGCGAAAGCUCGCUUGAUUUCUUCCCAUUUCCCAUUUCCCAUUUCUAACAACCAUAAACAAAAAUUAAAGCUUUCUUCAACAUUCCUUCAUUUAUUUCAAAUGGCUUUAAUUAGAACAAGAUUAUCAUUUUCUCUCUCUAAAAUUUCCCUUAAACCCUUCUCCACAUCCGCCAUUGAAACUCUGCAACCCCAGAAAUCUGACAAUGAAGAUGAUAUUGAAGCUCCAGAACAACCCAGAAAACCUUCCAAUCUCUCUCCUCAAGAAACCCAAAUCGCGGAAAAUUUCCAUUCUUUAAUCAAAGACCAUUUCCGCAAAAACCCUAAUUUUGAAGAAAACCCUAAUUUUCUAAACCCUAAUUUCACCAUCCCUUCUCUUUCCCUCUCCUUCUCGAAGCUUUCCACCGUCGAUUCUCUCUCCCCUGAAAUCGUAACCUCUGUUAUCGAACGGUGUCGUAUUGUCCGCCAUGGAGUUCCCUUUCUUCAAGCUCUCGCUUUCUUCAAUUGGGUGGUUGGCCAGUAUAACAAUGGCGUUAUUGUCUUGACGGAUGAGGCUAUUGCGGAAAUGAUCGAUUUAGCUGGGAAGGUAAGGAAGUUUGAUUUAGCAUGGAGUUUGAUUGAUUUGAUGAAAACUAGUAAUUUACCAAUUUCUGUAGAUGUUUUUAAUUCCUUAGUUAGGAGGUAUGUUAGGGCAGGAAUGGUAGCCGAGGCGAUACACGCAUUUAAUCGAAUGGAGGAUUACGGUUGCCGCCCUGAUAAGGCGGCAUUCACGGCUAUCAUUAGCAUUCUUAGUAAGAAAAAGAAGGCGGCCGAUGCUCAAUCGUUGUUUGAUAGUGUAAAAGAUAAAUUUGAACUUGAUGUUGUGCUUUAUACUAGCUUGGUGAAUGGGUGGUGUAAGGUGGGGAAUAUUCCGGAGGCUGAGAGGGUUUUUGGUGAGAUGAAGAAGGCCGGCAUUGAGCCUAAUGUGUAUACUUAUACGAUUGUUAUCGAUGCUUUGUGCAGGCACGGGCAAAUUACUCGUGCCCAUGAUGUUUUUUCGGAGAUGAUUGACAAGGGUUGUCAGCCAAAUGUUGUGACCUUCAAUAAUUUGAUGAGGGUGCAUGCUAAAGUGGGGAAGACUGAGAAGGUCUUGCAGGCUUUUAAUCAGAUGAAAAGGCUUGGGUGUGAGCCUGAUGUGAUCACCUAUAACUUUCUGAUUGACUCCCAUUGUAGGAAUGACAAUCGGGAUGAAGCUACUAAGUUGAUUCGCCAAAUGGCGAUCAAAGGAUGUGUUCCUAAUGCGCAUAGUUUUAACCCAAUAUUCAUCUGUAUAGCUAAGGCUAAGGAUGUGAAUUCUGCUCAUCGUUUGUUUGCAAAGAUGAAAGAAUUGAAGUGUCAGCCUAAUACAGUGACAUACAAUGUGCUGAUGAAGAUGUUUGUGGAAUCCAAGUCGACUGAUAUGGUUCUAAAGCUGAAGGAGGAGAUGGAUGAGAAUGGCGUAGAGCCUAAUGUGAAUACUUAUAAGACAUUGAUCUCGAUGUUUUGUGCAAUGGGGCACUGGUCCAAAGCUUACAAGUAUUUUAGAGAGAUGAUUGAAGUGAAGAGUUUGGUGCCAAGCUUGCAUCUAUACAACAUGGUUUUGAAUCUAUUGAGAAAAGCGGAGCAGCUUCAGUUGCAUGAAGAAUUGGUGGAAAAGAUGGUUGACAGGGGAUAUGCUACUCGGCCUAUUUGAAGACACAGUAUACGAGUGCUACCAGUUUGAGCUGGAUUUUCUGUGCUGCACAUUAAUUGACCUCGGUUGUUAAACUUAAUAGGAAGGGAAGAAGAAAAUUUUGUGGAAAUGUAUUCCAUGAUUUGUCCCUUGAUUCAGUGAUAUAUACAGUGCACUCUUCUAUUCUCGUAUUUUGAUGCUAAUGACGGGCAAGGUCCUUACAAAUUAGUUUACACUAAAACACUGCAAAGCAACUCCUUUAAUGCUUUUGUUGAACUUCUUGUCAAGCUCAAGAGGCAGAGCCUGGACGACUAUUAUUGUGUUGGCGUGUUCAAUCUCACUUAUUGCCAUUCUCUUGAGGCAGAGCCUGGACAGUUUUUGUGUUGGCUUGUUCAAUUUCUCUGUUUGCAACCCAAUCUAGUGUACAUACAUGAUUACUGUUUUCUAUUCUCAUAAUAUACACUUUGCUGUUUUUGAUAA